AUGGACUUCCAGUGGGCGGUGGCCGUCCGCCUGAAGCCGGUGGCCCCCGCGGAGAGCGCCCGUGGACUCCACGAUUCCAUGCACGCCUUCGCCGAAGAGGGCUUCGCGGUGCGGCGCCAGCCGGACUGGGGCGCGAUGCACGCCGAGCGCGGCGUGGUUGUGUCGUACGAGGCGCCGAGAUCGAUCACCAGCCUGGUGAUGGGGACGGGACGGGGGGCGCGGAGCCAGAGGGUGUCCCCAGUUAAGGUGGCGCCGCUGCCCUUCGCGAGGCGCGGAGAGCAGGCCACGUUCUUCGCCGUGGACAUGGACGGAGGCGAGAAGGAUGCGCCGCCGGCAGUCCAAGCCUUCAAGUCGUUCGCCGGCGCCUUGAGUGUGUGCGAGCACAAGGCAGAACUCUACGCCACCGCCAGCUUCCUCAUGUCGUCGUUCCAGCAGAAGGUGCUGACCACGGGGCUGAAGGCCGAGCAGGUCACUGUCCCGGCGGUUCAGAUGGUCAACAUGAUCGAGCGCGACUCGCCCUUCCACGGCGUCUUGGUUCCGCUCGAGCUGGAGGAGAAAGAGCCGCUGUGCUUUUCGGCGGACAGCUCGAGCGAAAGGGAGCGGGAGGCCGCGGCGUUCCUUGAGGCCUUCACGCACUGGACGCACCACAGGACGAACGGGGAGCUCAUGGUGGUUGCCAACAAGGGCGCGAGAGCGCGCGAGGGUGGCUUCCUGGUCGCCGACCCUGAAAUAUACUGCAAGGACUUGCGCCGGUUCGGGCCGACCAACAAGGGCACAGAGGGCAUGAAUGGAUUUUUGAAGAGCCACGUCUGCAGCCACCUCUGUGACAGGCUCAUGGCGGAGCAGCCACAGAAGCGGGAGAGGCGAAGGAGCCUGAGCCGGUCCAGCAAGGCACAGAGCAUCUUGACCCACAGGAGUCUGAAGGACUCUGCCAAGGCGUGGUCCCCCUGCUCGCCGCAGUCUGUCAAGGAGGUGGACCACAUCGACACUGGUCUCGUGGAUUGGCUGUCGCCCAGGGCAGUGAAGCCGGUGAAGUGCGAGUGGGUGCCCAUAUGGAGGGCACUGAAGAGGAACAGGAAGGUAUGA